AGAAAUGAGAGGUCGGAGUUUCUGCUGAGCUUACCUUGGAAGGGUUCUGACUUGAUGGACAAAAUGUUUCUGCCAGCCUUCAAGGAACAGCAGGGCAGUGCCUACCAGGUUGCUACCAGGCAGCAGAAGUGGGCUCUGAAUUAUGCUGGAGCUGCAAUGCAAUGAUUUACCACAAUGAUGCUGUCUAUGGAAUAAAGGAACAAACAGAUUACAGUGGUCGCAAACCAUCUGCAGAACAGCAAAAGACUUCACAUCACAAGAGCGGGGCCCAUGGGAAGGAGCCGAAUUGUGAAGUGUUCUCAGGCAGAUGUUUGUUUAGAAUUUGUGAAAAAGCAGUGAGAUGGGCGAGCAAUCUCAAAGGAUGACCGACGCACAGUGAGAAGAGUGACUUCAGAAGCCUGAGCAACUGUGUGCUCACUCCACAUGUGACGGAAAUACACCCAUCCUUUCUGAGAAUUCCGUUCUCGUUGCUGGCUUGACAUGCCUAAGAAUGCAUCGAAGGCAGCCCAGGAAGUCCCAUAGGAACGAGAGAAGAAAGAAAUGACGAGUAUCAUCUGAAGAACCUCGUGCUCCCUCUGCCAGGACCGGAACGGAAAGCGGUACUGCAAGAGGAAGAAAACCACCCCACCCCCACUGAUCUGCUCCUGCUCUUUUGUUUGUAUGCUUUAAGCAUCCCAGGCAGGAUGUCAGAUUUAAUGCUACUUUAUGCAUCAGUUAUUACUGUAAUCCACUCAUGGCUUCCUUCACGUUGUACUGCAUGGGAUCAACUACAUUAUAAAAUGAAACUGAUAUCAAUUAUAAGCAUACCACCCGUCAAACUGGUCAAUGAUUGCACCACGAAGACGCAAAUGAUGGGGUUGGCAGAGGCCUGUUUUUCUCAGCCCAGCACCCAGUAUCAAGCAGGAUUUUCUUCUACACUAAUGUUUAAAGCAUUUUAUCUGAGCCAUAUCAUUAUAUUCCAAACAAUAGCAGCUCAGCAGCCACACAAAAAAAGAAUAUUCGGUUUCUUACUUGCCUGCACUGCAGCAUUUUUCCCCUCUCAUCUAACCUGGACAAUCUAGUUUUACUUUUCUGUACAGCCAGCCAACGACUCCUCUGUUAACCCUUACGACACGUAUAUCAACUGGUAAGCUGAAGAAAACAUCACGUAAUGCAGACUUGGAGGUAACAGCAACGUGAGACGGCUUUCUCUCACACUUCAGAGUUCAGAGCGUGCUCCCCCUGGGGCACAACUAAUGGCAGGGGUGCUAUUCUUCUGCAAUACCUAUCAUCCACUAUUUAAAUGUUUAAGGAGUAACCCAUAAAUAAUACUUAGCAUGUCACUUUCUAAAUGCACCUUACAGACCCUGAUGAGUAGCCAGAAUCUACUAAGCCAUGGUUCAUGCAACGCUUCUGGCAAAGACUUCCAGUUUUCUGCUUCUGCAAACCCCUGCAGUCCCACAAUGCCUCCCCACGCAGCACGCUUUGCUUUCAGUCCCUGCAGAAAUUAAGAGAUCCUUUGGGAACUCUAUAGGACCUGAGGAAGGUAUGAAUGCUCAGCAUCUGCAGAGACUUCAUUUGUUGGCAACAGCUUUAUAGCUACAUAUGGCUCAUAAUGACAUUACAGUUUGUGAAAAAGAAUAUCCAGAGGUUGGAUUAUCUGUUUAAGGGCACUGUCGCAUACAGGUCAAGCAGACAAAAGCAUUUCUUUACUAAACUAAACAUCUGGACAGCAAGAGGGGGCUACAGCAGAACACAAAAUUCAGCACACCAUUAACGAUCAACCUACAGCUCAGAAACUCUGCAAAAGAAACGAUCCACUUUAAGGACAGACAGAACACACGCACACCACUGCUUGUGUGCAACGCUCAAACACAGUGAGCUCAGUCAUCUUUCCAGCUUCUCAAAGAAAGGAAACACGAUGGGAUCUGUGACACCAUCACAAAGUGGGGGCCCUGUCGUAUCCUCGCAACACUGAAGCAAUCUCUGAAUUCCACAUCAGUGCCCAGAAACCUGCCUCCCCAGCUUCCAGAGCUCGCCCUGUGAGCAGGACAAGCAGCGGGAUGCUUCUUAGCACAGUGUGCUCAACCACUGCCUGUUCAGGACGUAUGGCCUGUAAAAGCGAAACCUCAAAGCCGUAUAUUCUUAUCACAGGUUAAAAAUAAAACACUUGCUCUUGAGCAAGAGCGGUGGAUCGCAGGGCAGGGAAUGGGCUCCCAGAUGUCCCCAGGGAACCUGAGCACAGAUGACAACCCCCAACAGCUCUGAUUGCUGCCGCAGCCCAAGCAUUCUGGGCAGUAAGUCGGAAACCCAGUGGCUGAAGCCCAGCCUCUUGCUUCUUGAGCGGGGCUGUAAACAGCCAAAGGGAGGGGCCUCGCACAGCCAAGCCGAGCCCAGAGUGGUGAGUAAGUCACCGAAGGAAAAACAAGUGCAGCAUGCAGCACUGGGGCUGGGAGGCAAUGGGCUGCGGUGAGGCGCUCCGGCUGCUGCCCUCCCCGCAUGCCCUCCACGCACGUCCCCUGCAAUGCCCUCCAUGCAAGUGCUGCCCAGGAGAGCCUGCAGGGCUGUGAGGUGAAGAAAAGCUGGUAACCAGCAGAGAAGAUACAAGAGCUAAAAUCACUAUGUGGAGCUGUGAAACCUUAAACAGUACUGACAACAGCGAGGACCAGCAUCUCUGCCAGGACUUCCACUUCGUGCUGUCCAUCUUUUCCCUACUCUACCUCAUCAUAUGUUUCCCAAUUGGCCUGUGCUACAACGGCCUGCUGGUCCUGGUCAACCUGUACAACAAAGCGACCAUGACGAUGCCCGAUGUUUACUUUGUCAAUAUCGCCAUUGCUGGUCUCAUCAUCAACACCCUGGCACCAAUGUACCUCCUAGGUCUUGCCAACACAAAAUGGGCCAUCUGGAAUUCUAACAACGAAGUUUAUAUCACGUUGCUUAUUUUGUUCAACGUCUCAUCUUUGGUUACCAUGUACUCUACCACAUUGCUCAGUCUGGACUACUACAUCGAACGCGCCCUACCCAGAACUUACAUGUCCAGCGUGUACAACACCAAGCACGUCUGUGGAUUCAUAUGGGGAGGAGCCAUGCUCACGAGUUUCUCAUCUCUUCUGUUCUACGUCUGCAACCACGUAUCCACUAAAAUAAUUGAAUGUUCCAAGAUGCAGAACAAAGAGGCAGCGGAUGCCAUCAUGGUGUUUAUCGGGUACGUCGUUCCGGCUGUCGCAGUACUGUAUGCACUUAUUCUGAUCCUGAGGAUACGCAAAGAGGCGACACCUCUGGAUCAAGACACUGGACGAUUAGAUCCAUCGGUGCACAGGCUUUUGAUUGCCACAGUCUGUACACAGUUCACGUUAUGGACACCCUAUUACAUUACCCUUUUGGUAAGCACAUUUACUUACGCACGAGGAAGACCUGCAGAUGAAAACUACAGUCGGAUAUUACAUUUUACCAAGGUUUUAUCCAAAUUCUUGGCUUUCUCGAGCAGCUUCGUGAUGCCUUUGCUUUAUAGAUACAUCAACAAAAACUUUCCCAACAAAUUACGACGGCUGCUCAAAAAGAUACACUGUGGGAACCAGGGGUGUUCUCACGAACGCACAGCAGUACAGCAAGUCAUGACGUAGGCACUGAGCACCUCUGGUGCUGUUACUGCAGUACUCAGACUGCGAUGUGGCUGCGUUGGCACUCAAAGUCACCGACGUGACAGCCCCAACCAGGAGGAGCCUUUAAUGAGUGAAAGAGUCUUAACUUUCCAAAUGUGUUUGCUGAGAUCUGUAAGACUCUGGCUAUGUGCUGUAAUACCUGUGACAUCUAACACUCUCAGUGCACUGAACUGCUUACAAAGCGUAAGCUCUGUCUUCAUCAUUCUAAUACUCCUGUCUGAACAAAUCACUAAGCAGAUGAUGGAAAUCCUGACUGAACACACAGCACCUUGUAGGGGAAAAGGCAUUACCUUGUUUUCUGUGCAAAGAAGUAACAGCGCUAUCCUUGAUGAAGUAAAUAGUAUUUUUCAAUGAAGAUGAUACGGGUGAUCUUUGCUAAAGGGCGUAUCACCCAAUUAAACAUGUCCGAAUAGUAAAUGUUAAUUAUAAAUUAAAUUAUUUAAUUUCCUCUCCAUCAUCAAAUUCCCUACUCUACCAUUUUCAGAAGCUAUAUUCUCACACUCUCUAACCUAAGCUAUUAACACGUACGACGAAUCAGAUUUUUCCUAGACACAACAGUAACAUGUUUUAUUCUUCCGGUGCUUUGUUUGCAUCCUAAGGCAUUUCAGGAAUUCAAAAAAUAUUUAUUAACUAAUUCUAGGGGAAUUGAGAGAUUUUUGUUCCACAUGUUAAAAUGAAGGACACAAUGGUUUACAAACUUAAAUCAAAACUGAACGAGUAAAGAAUGUCUGGCUAAGUGUUAUGGUCCACAUAUGUUCAUCUGUAACGAGAGUAAUUAUCUUAAAAAUAAAUAUGUUUAUGAUUAACAUUUCUUAUUUUCAAGGGAUAUGUUUCUCUACAAAUAAACUGAAAUCUCUUUAAUCUCAGGGAUCACUGGAAGUUCGGAACCCAGGAAAAAAAAAACCUUUCAAUGCAUGCAAGAUUUUAGGAUGGGAAUAAUACGAGGGAUGCUCCAAAAGUAAUGCCUCCUAUUUUAUUUUGUUGGUCCACGAUGUCAGAGGUGGAUGUUGGUGGGAUGGCAGUAGAGGCUGAACCUCCCCAGCAAUUUUCUGUGACGUGCUGUUGCCGUGUGACAGAUGGCAGCAGAGGGGCACUCUGACAAAGUGGCAUCGGACAUUGGAAGUGUGUACAGAACAAAGGUGUUUCGAAAUAAAUAGCACUCACUGACAUUUUUCAACGCUUGCUGAAGGUUUGUGGAGACCAAACAGUGGGUGUGAGCACUGACAGGGGUGGGCAACGCAUUCCAGCAGUGACACUGACUCUGGUCGCUCACACGGGUGUGGAUUUUAACAAGUGCAGUAUGCAGGUGCUUGUUGUUUGCUGGCAAAAAUGCACAGCUCACGGUGGUGACCGUGUUGAAAAAUAGUUUGGUGGCUGAGAAUUUGCUCUACCAAGCACUGUUGUUAUGCUCUUUGUAUCUGCAGUGCUUUCCAUGGCAAAAAAAUAGGAGGCAUUACAUCUGGAGCGACCUACAUACAUAUGAAUUCCACUCAACAUCAGCUUCUUGCUGACCUGGGGAAAAAUGCAGUGUCUCCCAAUGUGAUUCACAAAUACACAGCGAAAGUACAGUUUCUGUAUUUCACAGUGGGGAUGGAAAAAACCAACACAGCUCAGAGUGUUUGAAGAACAUGAGAAAUACAAAAAGCUGCUGGAAACAAAACUACCCUGAUCCAAACAACCACCUGCUGCUGUUGUUGCAUUAGUGACAGCGGAGGGGACAGAAGUUAUGCUAACAUUCUCCCAUUGGCUGAUGGCUAGCAGGACUUCUUUGCCACUGGCCCUGCAACAAAUCAUUUCUUUGCUUUAUCUGUCACAACACAAAUCAUUCAGCAAGACUUCAGCCAAAAAAAAUCAGGGGUUUUCAGCCUCUGUUAUAGAAAAACCAUAGAGUAAAAACAGAAUUAAAUCUUUUCUAUUGCAUCAUCUGAUCUAAUAGCUGGUCACAAUUUAUGAGCAUAGGAAAAUGGUUAAGUUUAAGUGAGAAGGAGAUGAGGAACAGACUUUUCUCAGAUCUUUUCCCCUCUUUUCACCAUCAUUUGAGUCAUUCUUCUCACUGCCAUCUUCGCUUACCUGGUUCGUAUACAGUCAUCAUUUACAUUAUCAACAUCCUGCUCACCCCUUCCCCUUUUGCUUUCAAUACUGUUUUCUAUCUCAGUGAACUUGUUUAACCAUUGAAACCCUACACAGCAAGUCAUCUAUUUGUGUGGUGGUUUCUCCCCAUGAAAGCUAGCCAGCAUAAUCGCAUUACUUUGCUUCACAGUGUCAGCCUGUGGAUUAAAACCAGGUCACAGAAGGAAGCCUUUCCUUACCACCACGUCCAUUCACACACUAACCUAUGCCUCUGCAGACACAAUACUGGCUUCUUGGUUUUCAUAACCAUUUUUUGGUUUCAUUUUUCUCUUAACUUGAGAUAUAUUCUAAGAAUUGCAAGUUACACUCAUUUGAAGCAGUCAAGCUCACACCCACAGCCAUUCAUAGCAAAUCUUUCCUUGGAACUGCUGAGUAAACGGAGACUCAUCUUCCCUCCGGGGAACACUGGGCAUCCUGCAGCACCACGUCACAUCUCUCACGUCAAAACUGUUCAACAAAUUGUGACCCACGGGGCAGGAAAACAAACAGCAGCAGAGAGGAGCUGGCAAACCUGGGUGUGAGCAGAGCCUCGUGGGGCUGGGACACGGCCAGGGCAGCGGGCUGAGCAGGCAGCACAAGGGCAGCUGUAACUGCUGUGCUGCUGCCCUGCGUCCAUUUCCCCUCUUCCUAAGAUGCACCACACUACUUCCCAUGUCUAAGCACUUGUCACAUUUAUUUCUGUUCAGGUUAAAUCACCAGGCCACGGCUCUUUCAUCACCUCUUUCUGUUAUUCCCCUCGUCUCCUUCAGUUCUCUACCCAAACAUGCUAUUCCAUUUCAUUCUGCUCCUGAUCCUUUUGUGCUUGGCCUUGUACACGUGGUAAUUCCCAAGACCACCUCCUCCAUGACAACUCAACCUCCAUCCAACGAUUUGGCAUUACAAAUGGAACUGCACGGAAAAUGGAAGCUGCAACUUAACAGGAGAAAGAAAAGUCUUCUAUCAUCUACCCUUCAAACCUCAACUUUGAUUUUUUUCCUCAAGAUCCUUUUUAUUGCAGCAGAAUUAAGUUUGUGCAUAUCCUCAAUAAUCUACUAAAUGUGAUGGCAAUCAUACAGGCAAGGAGUGCUGAUAACUUCACGAACAAGACUGACAGAAACUCAAGGAUUUUUAAGAGUGAAUUUGAUCAUUUGCCUCAAAGAAACCGUGCCAUGGAAUGGGCUGGCUGCUGUUCCUCUAAAUUCUGAACUUGAUUCCAGUGCUCUCAUGUGGUGUCCCUUAAAAAGCAAUAUCCCACAAAGCAAGAACUUCACAGUAUUUAUAGAAGCAGGACAUGAGCAAGCGCAUUAAAAUACUCAAGGAAAUGCACCAUAAUGUAACUAUGGAGGAACCUUUAUGGGCUAAUUUCUAAAAUACAAAGUUCUCAGGGACGAGGCCUUUCCAUUUCGAUACCCAAAGGUUUUGAUGACUGUAAAUAGGGGCAUGCCUACUUUGCAUCUAAAUAAAUAUGAAUAAAAUACUGUAUAUAUGCAUGAUAAAAAUCAGCCUACUGAUGAAAAAAUAAUUUUGAAGUAAUUCAUUAAAUUAUUUCUUAAAGCAAGUGUAUCAUUAAAUGCAAACCUCUGGACAGUCAAGUGUACUGUAUGUUCCGGUAUGUACAUACUGGCAUUAGAAAGUAAGCACUUGUUAAGCGCCAUUAUUAACAGCGUUAUUUUCUCACAAAAUUCAACUUCAUGCUCGAGAUGAGCUGUGACUUAAAGGCCACUUCCUGAAGAGCCAAUUAAGUCAAAUCUGUGAACUAACAAAGAUGUUCGUCUCUGCUUCUGCUGAAGGUAUUAACACAGCCAGUUCAAGUCAGGUCUGUGUUGACAAACCCAGUAGGCGUCCUGGUUUCAAAAGUUUCCAUUUAGAAAUCAAAUUGAGAUGCUCUAUGAAGAUGCAAUGUUCAGUUAAGGAAAGAAAGCGACCAACCACUGGAGAAUUCCUGGUUCUACUUGAAAUAAAGAAAUGAGGUCCCUCCAUAUUAUAUCCAAGAACGAC